AUGGAGCGGGGAAGUUUGAAAUUCCCAUCAGGUAUGGCAUUUCAAAAUAUAUCGUUUGGUAAUGGCGAAUCUCCUGAUUUUAGAAGACCAAGUGCUAUGGUGGUUACCACACAGUUGGGCAUUGCUAGUGCUCUGGGUUUAUUUGCUUUUUUAGCUUUCUGUAUACUUUUAAAGCGAUUUCCCAGACUAUAUGCAAGUCGAAAGUAUCAAGAUCAAAAUCAAAGGUUGCCCUCUUGGGAUGAGUCCAAAUUAUUCGGAUGGAUUCCAGUAUUAUUUCGCAUAGACGAUGACCAAGUACUGGAAUAUGCGGGCCUAGAUGCCUAUGUAUUCCUAGGUUUCUUCAAAUUAUGUAUCAAGCUCUUAAGCAUAUACUGCUUUUUUUCGAUAUGCAUCAUAUCGCCCAUGAGGUACCACUUCACAGGUAGAUACGACGGUGACGAUGAUAAUAAUAAUAUUCUAAUUGACAACGCGGUUACAAAGGCUGGUAUUUCUUUGCUGAAAAGAUAUAUACAAACUAGCAAUUCCAAACGGGAUCAUAACAGUGGGUCUAGUAAUCCAGAAAUGUUUGGUCUUUAUCUGUGGAUGUACGUGCUAUUUACGUAUUUCUUUACCAUGAUUGCAAUUAAUAUGCUCAUGCGUCAAACAAAAGUUGUUGUCAAUACAAGACAGAAUUACCUCGGCAAGCAAAAUACUGUCACUGAUAGGACUAUUCGGUUAUCUGGUAUUCCAAUUGAAUUGCGAGAUGUCAAUGCCCUAAAAAACAGAAUCGAGAAGCUAAAUAUUGGCCAGGUAUCAUCGAUAACAAUAUGCAGGGAGUGGGGCCCAUUAAACAAGUUAUUCCAUUAUAGAGAUCUGGUCUUGAAGCAACUGGAACUUAAAUAUUCAGAAUGCCCCCAUCAUAUAGCCAACUAUGAGACAUACAGAGAGAGUUAUAGACUUACUAGAAAUGAGGAGCAACAUUCCAAUAUUACUACCAGCACAUCAAAUGACAUUGAAAGUCAAGAUAUACCAAACAAUAGUACAACAUAUUCACAAUUGGCAAUAGGCGAUAGACCAACCAUGAAAUUGGGUCUUAUGGGUAUUUUUGGUAAGGAAGUGGAUGCUAUUGAACACCUGGAACAGCAACUAAAAUUUAUCGACAAAGAAAUUCUUGAUGCAAGAAAUAGGCAUUAUCCAGCAACCCCAACAGCUUUUGUGACAAUGGACUCAGUUGCGAAUGCCCAAAUGGCUGCGCAAGCUGUUUUAGACCCUAGAGUACAUUAUUUCAUAACCAGAUUGGCUCCUGCUCCUCAUGAUAUUCAAUGGGAUAACGUAUGUUUAUCAAGAAAGGAAAGACUAACUAAGAUAUGGACUGUUACAGUGUUUAUUGGUCUCUGCAGUCUGUUUUUGAUUAUUCCUGUUUCUUACCUUGCGACACUACUGAAUAUGAAGACAAUUCUACGAUUUUGGCCAAGUUUAGGUUAUUGGUUAAAGAAACACAAAUGGGCUGAAAAUAUUGUCACAGGGUUGUUACCUACCUAUUUAUUCACUUUACUUAAUGUGAUCAUCCCAUAUUUUUAUGAAUAUUUAACUUCAUGCCAAGGGCUAGUGUCACACAGUGAAGAAGAGGUAUCGUUAGUUUCGAAAAAUUUCUUCUAUAUAUUUGUGAAUCUAUUUUUGGUCUUCACUUUAGCGGGUACCGCAUCUAAUUAUUGGGGUUAUUUAAGCGAUACAACUAAGAUUGCUUAUCAACUAGCGACUUCUGUCAAAGAAUUUUCACUUUUCUACGUUGACCUUAUUAUACUACAAGGUAUAGGUAUGUUUCCUUUCAAGUUGCUUUUAGUUGGCAGCUUAAUUGGGUUUCCAUUAAUUAAAAUACAAGCGAAAACUCCGAGACAAAGAAAAGAAUUAUACAAUCCGCCCAUAUUCAAUUUUGGACUUCAGUUACCCCAACCGAUUUUAGUUCUAAUCAUCACGAUGAUUUAUAGCGUGAUGAGUACGAAGAUUUUGGUCUCUGGUUUAGCCUACUUCGUUAUUGGUUUCUAUGUUUACAAAUAUCAACUUAUUUUUGCAACUGAUCAUCUACCGCACUCUACUGGAAAGGUGUGGCCAUUAAUAUACAGAAGAAUAAUUCUAGGUUUAUUACUUUUCCAGUUGACUAUGACAGGGACGUUAGCUGGUUUCGAUAGCGGUCUAGUUCUCUCAUCAUGGCUCAUACCGCUACCUUUUAUCACAUUAACGUUCUGGUGGGAUUUUGAAACAAAUUAUCUACCUUUAUCACAUUAUAUUGCAUUAAGUUCGAUAAGGGAACAUGAGAGAGAGAAUUCUCUGGUGGAAAGCAGUGAAGAGGAGUCUUAUGUAUACCCAUAUUUAGUAACUGAAUUGGAGAAGCCCAUGGUAGGGUGA